CGCUAUUAAGGCCUUGUGUAUUUAACCGCUCACCAUGAAUUGGGUCUCAAAGUAGUCAAAUUUCGUUAUUGAACUAAGUUCUCGUCAGCCUUCUUUGAAUCCAUUUCGACUGCGAACUAUCAGCAUCUGUUUUAAAAGGUCUGAAUUCAUUCUUUGGAAAUGCGGCGUGAAUCGGAUCACGAGAAUCUGAAAUACAUCCCUGGGGAAUUAUUCAGUAAAUUUAAAAAUGUACUAGAUCCUUCUGAUAAUGAAUUGAAAACGAUCAACAGAAACUCUCACGAGGCCAUUGAAUUGAUGAAAAAGAAAGUUAGAGAUGGAUUUUCUACGGAUGAAACUCGCCUCUCAACUCUGUUGGAUAGAUUCCACGCUAGACUGGGUUCUAAACCUAAUAAUGACAUCCGUCACAAAGUAAACCAAUUAGCAUUGCGGCUUUCGGAGAUCGAUUGUCGUAGUUGUUCUAUCCACAGCAUCAAAAAUCGUGUUCUUGCAUCCAAAGAAUACCAGGACAAUUUAGAAACAUUGAUUACCUCUUUAGAGAGUUCAUACAAUUCACUAAGGACAAUUAUUAUGGAAGUCGAGGAGAUGGAGAGGAAUUUAGUAAGAUUUUCUAAUGAUUGGCGCCUUUCUCAAGAAAGUGUGCUGUCAGAUAUGCGUUCCAUGCAACAUAUUAAAGAAAAGUAUUCAAAUUUAUCGAAGUCCCUAAGGGAAUCUGAUCGUCAAUUAAGUGAGUUAUUGUCAUCUGUGGAAAAAGCACCUGAUCAGCGCCUUUUGAUGUUAUGGAAGAAGGAAAUCGAGGAAAUGAAAGAACGGAAGACAUUAUUAUCUAGUCGUGUGGACCAGUACAUGGGGAUUGAUAUCGAUACCACAAAAGCCGAAAAACAAUUAAGUGAUGCUCUUUCUCAAAUGGUAUCGUUUCUUUUGCUAUGAAUAAGCUUUCUUUAUCUUUACUAGGCAUCAGUAGACUCACAGUUACAGAAGAUUAUGGGCUUCAACGCAUGGAAUUAAAGCCUAUCCUCAAUGUAAAGCACUUACACCUCAAAAGCUUGUUAUAACUUAUGUAUUUCACGGAUUACAUGGAUAUAAGCAUUCAUUCCCAAACGGAACAGCUUAACCUCUUGAAUUUUUGUCAAUAUAUUAUAUUUAUAUUGUUAAUUUACAUAUAAAACGAUUUUAGUCUCAAACAUUCUUAUGAUUCUACUUUUAUAUUCAUGCACAUAUAACUUUUGUUCCGGAAAUGAGUAACAACAGGAAUUUAAGCGCUUUCGUGAUUCUUGAUCAAAAUCAAAUUUUUGAUAAAGGUAUGAGGAGUUUAUUCUUACACAGGUUAUAGUUUUGGUUUUUAUGUAUUGUAUUUCCAAGUAAUUUCAAUAAAUUUUUUUGUGAAAAUACUGGUUUCCUCGAAAUUGGUUACAGUGGGACUGACGAUUCUCUUUAACAUCUAGUCUAUUAACAUAAUAUCAUUCCGUAUUUUUCAUUUUGCCACUAUCUAUUUCUUGUAAGAUUCCAUUAUACUGGUAACGUUUUUGCCUGUCUGAUGGCUAGCAUUGUAAAGCAUUAUAUUAAAUUUUAACUCAUAUACCAAGCUUGAACGGAAUUGCUUUGUUCAGGAUUACCUUCAUUUUGAUUUUUCUCAGCUAAAGGAAUUUUGUGGAUUAUUCCACAAUAAUAUCCGUGUAGUUCUGUCUUGCUUGUCUAGGUUUUCUGAUAGUAUCUAAACAAACCAUUUAAAUGUUUUUACUUUUGACUAAAGAUGCCUAGAUAAUAGUUUUUUGUUAAUUAUUCUUUAUCAGAAUGGGAAUUUGUAUACAU